AUGAAUGAACAGUUUUCUCCAGGACAGGAUGCCCAAGGUGACGAAAUGCCUAAGAAGAAAAAAGAAAAGGAGAUUCCCGUCGGAUAUUUUCAAUUGUUUCGUUUUGCAUCUGGCACUGAUAUAAUCAUGAUGGUAACUGGAGGAUUCUGUGCACUGGUGCAUGGGGCAGCCUCCCCUCUUAUGUUGCUGGUGUAUGGGAUGAUGACCGACACAUUUGUGGCAUAUGAACUGGAAGUUCAGCAACUGAAAGACCCUAAUAAAACAUGCAUCAACAGCACCAUCAGUUGGAAAAAUGGCUCUGUGGCAAAGUGGCUGAGUGGAAACAGGUGCAGGAGUGAUGCAGUACGUAAUGUGUACUGCACGAGGGUGGAUGUUGAAGCAGAAAUGACCAUAUUUGCAUAUUACUAUGUUGGCAUUGGAGUUGGAGUUCUUAUUGUAAGCUACUUUCAGAUUGCUUUCUGGGUCACAGCUGCAGCUCGUCAAGUACAACGAAUAAGAAAAGCAUAUUUUCGAAAAAUAAUGAGAAUGGAGAUUGGUUGGUUUGAUUGCAAUUCAGUUGGAGAGUUAAAUACAAGAAUUUCAGAUGACAUCAACAAAAUUAACAACGCGAUUGCUGACCAAGUGUCAAUCUUCAUUGAGCGCAUAUCUACAUUUUUCUUUGGAUUCAUGGUUGGUUUCAUUGGUGGCUGGAAACUAACCCUUGUUGUCAUAGCAGUCAGCCCUCUCAUCGGUUUGGGAGCUGGAUUAAUGGCAAUGGCUGUUGCUAGAUUGACUGGUUAUGAGCUAAAAGCCUAUGCCAAGGCUGGUGCUGUCGCAGACGAGGUGCUUUCCUCUCUAAGAACAGUGGCUGCAUUUGGUGGAGAGCAGAAAGAAGUAGAAAGGUAUGACAGAAACCUGACAGAAGCUCAAACUUGGGGUAUUAAGAAAGGAACGAUUGUAGGACUUUUUCAAGGAUAUCUUUGGUGUAUUAUCUUCCUCUGCUAUGCCCUGGCAUUUUGGUAUGGAUCAAAUCUGGUAAUAGAUGAAAAGGAACUGACUCCAGGAGGCCUAAUACAGGUGUUUUUUGGAGUGCUGAUGGCAGCUAUGAAUCUUGGACAGGCUUCUCCAUGCUUGGAAGCGUUCGCCUCGGGCAGAGGUGCUGCACGAAUCAUCUUUGAAACAGUUGACAGGGAACCUGAAAUUGACUGUUUUUCAGAGGAGGGACACAAAUUAGAAAAUGUGAAAGGCAACAUUGAAUUUCAUAACAUCACUUUCCAUUAUCCAUCCAGACCAGAAGUGAAGAUUUUAGAUAAGCUAAGUAUGGUUGUUAAAUCUGGAGAAACAACUGCUUUUGUUGGGCCAAGUGGAGCUGGGAAAAGUACCACCGUGCAGCUCAUCCAGAGAUUUUAUGACCCUUGGGAAGGAAUGGUCACUCUGGAUGGCCAUGACAUACGUAGUCUAAAUAUCCAAUGGCUUCGUUCAUUGAUUGGUAUUGUGGAACAGGAACCUGUUUUGUUUUCUACAACAAUUGCUGAGAAUAUCCGAUAUGGGCGAGAGAAUGUUUCAAUGGAAGAGAUCAUUCACGCAGCAAAGGAGGCCAAUGCCUAUAACUUCAUCAUGGAUUUGCCACAGAAAUUCGACACUCUGGUUGGUGAGGGUGGGGGUCAGAUGAGUGGAGGGCAGAAACAGAGAAUAGCCAUCGCUCGAGCUCUUGUGAGGAACCCCAGGAUUCUGCUACUGGACAUGGCAACCUCUGCACUCGACAACGAGAGUGAGGCUAUGGUUCAGGAGGCUCUUGAUAAGGUUCGUGUGGGUAGAACAACAAUUUCCAUAUCCCACCGCUUAUCCACAAUCAGAAAUGCAGAUGUCAUCAUUGGAUUUGAGCAUGGGAAAGCUGUGGAGAAAGGAACACACCAAGAACUGCUGGAAAGAAAAGGGGUUUAUUUCACUUUGGUCACUUUGCAGAACCAAGGCAGUGACACCAUAAGUGAAAAUCCAAAGAAAAUGGCUGCAAAUGAAGAUAUUGAGGACCCGACAAUAGAACGAGUUAGAAGACUUAGUGAAGGAGGUUAUCGAUCUAGUUUCAGGAACUCUCUGCGCCUGCGAUCGAAAUCACAGCUAUCAAAUGCAUUUCCUCCAACCAUUUCUGGAAACGUUGAUUUUAGUUUACCUGUUGAUAGCAGUGCAUCCAAUGUAUUGUGACAGGAUGUAGCCGAACCAGUGAACAUCAAACCUGCACCAGUAGCCCGGAUUUUGAAAUACAAUUCACCGGAAUGGCCCUACAUGUUGUUUGGUACUUUUGGUGCUGCAGUGAAUGGUGCUGUGAAUCCAAUCUAUGCAGUUUUAUUUAGCGAGAUUCUUGGGACAUUUUCUAUACCCAACCUGGAUGAGCAAAAAAAUCAAAUUAGUAGAAUAUGUUUGUUUUUUGUUUUUGUUGCUGUUGUAGCAUUCUUCACACAGUUCUUACAGGGUUAUGCUUUCGGGAAGUCUGGUGAGCUGCUCACAAGGAGACUUCGUAGGCUUGGCUUCCAAGCAAUGCUGGAGCAGGAGAUUGGCUGGUUUGAUGAUCCCAGAAACAGUCCUGGUGCUUUAACUACAAGACUCGCCACUGAUGCUUCCCAGGUCCAAGGGGCCACUGGAUCACAGAUUGGAAUGAUUGUCAAUUCUUUGACGAAUAUUGGAGCCUCUCUUAUAAUUGCAUUUUGCUUCAGCUGGAAAUUAAGUUUGGUGGUGAUUUGUUUCCUUCCAUUAAUUGGACUAUCUGGAGCUUUCCAGGCUAAAAUGCUGACAGGUUUUGCAAACCAAGACAAGAAAGCUAUGGAAACCGCAGGACAGGUUUCAAGCGAAGCUCUCGGAAACAUUCGAACUAUUGCAGGCCUGGCUAAGGAGAACAUGUUUGUUAAACUGUAUGAGCUGCAGCUAGAGGACCCAUACAGAGCAGCUAAAAAGAAAGCUGUUGUAUACGGGGUCUGUUUUGCAUUUGCACAAUGCGUCAUCUUUAUGGCAUAUGCAGCCUCUUUUAGAUUUGGAGGGUAUCUGGUCAACAAUGACGGGAUCCACUACAUUGUGGUUUUCAGAGUAAUAUCUGCAGUAGUGAUCAGUGGAACUGCUUUAGGAAAAGCCUCCUCUUUCACUCCUGAUUAUGCUAAGGCUAAAAUUGCAGCUGCACAAUUGUUUAUGUUGCUUGACCGAGUUCCCAAAAUAAGUAUAAACAGCAGUCAGGGAGAAAAAUGGGAUUCCUUUAGAGGAGAGAUAGACUUUAUUUCCUGCAAGUUUACCUAUCCAACUCGACCUGAUAUUCAAGUAUUAAAAGGUCUUUCAGUGGUUGUGAAACCUGGACAGACCUUAGCAUUUGUUGGAAGCAGUGGAUGUGGAAAAAGCACCAGCAUUCAGCUACUUGAACGAUUCUAUGACCCAGAUGAAGGAAAAGUUCUAAUUGACGGGCAUUUGUCAAAGAAUGUUAAUGUGCCAUUCCUGAGGUCUAAAAUUGGAAUAGUUUCCCAAGAGCCUGUGCUGUUUGACUGCAGUAUUGCUGAGAACAUUAAAUAUGGGGACAACACUCGAGAAGUCACCAUGGAUGAAGUCUUUGCUGCUGCCAAGAAGGCUUACCUGCACGAUUUUGUUAUGACGCUGCCAGAUAAAUAUGAAACACAAGUUGGUGCACAAGGUUCUCAACUGUCCCGGGGCCAAAAACAGAGAAUAGCAAUAGCCAGAGCUAUUGUUAGGAAUCCAAAAAUCCUCUUAUUGGAUGAAGCCACAUCUGCACUGGACACAGAAAGUGAAAAGGUUGUCCAGACAGCAUUGGAUGAGGCUAGACGAGGACGGACCUGCAUUGUCAUUGCACACCGCCUGUCCACGAUUCAGAAUGCUGAUAUUAUAGCUGUCAUGUCUCAAGGGGUUGUUGUUGAAGCAGGGACACACAAUGAACUCAUGGCCAAAAAGACAGCAUACUACACACUUGUCACAACUGGUGCUCCAAUCAGUUAAGAUAUAACACCUAGGGGCUCCCAAGUGGCGCAUCCAGUAAAGG